AUGCCGUUAACCGUACAAUCUGUUGGAAAAGAGCUCUGCUUCUGGUGUGUUGAAGCUUUUCGGGGAUGUCCGAUUCACGAAAAUUCAAAAGUAUUCUGGAAUGACACAAGUGUGAAAAGCUAUACAGACGAAAGCGAUGGAUUCCGAAUUGUAAACGAGAAAGAGCUUAUAAAUUUGGAAAAGUCAGUACAGUACACAUCUAGCGGAAAGUUUCUUCUCCCAGCAAACAGUUCAUCUCUUCCGGUUUCUUCAGUUUUUCACUUUGAAAAAGUCAAAGAAAUUCCAGCACCACAUGAAUUGAAAGAAGUUCCGGAAACUAUUCCAAAGAAAAAAAAGUACAAUAAAAAGGAAGUUUGCAAAAAACCAAAACAACCGAAAGAAGUUGAAGACCCUGACGUCCCGAGAAAGAAACGCACCUACAACAAAGCUCCAAAAAAUCUGGCAAUGGAUUUCGAACUAAAAAACCCUGAGUUCGUGCCAUUCCAAUAUCGACGUCGUCCUAGAGCUUAUCUGACUAAAAAGAAGAGACUGCAGCUGAUUAUUCGGGGAAUCAUCGCACGAAAGAGUCUUCUCAUGACGGAAAUUGAUAGGCCAAUAGAGAAAAAGAAUGAAAACAGCAGACCAAACGCCAAUAACUUGAAGUACAAGAUAUGGGAUGGUGUCCUUCCCCCGCCAGGAGUUUACGUUUGCUCUGCAUGUAAUUCAAAUCAAAAGACAGCAUACCAGUUCUGUGAGCACAUGGCAAUUCAUCAUAGUGAUCCCAACGAUCGUGUGUGGAAGUGUGUCUACUGUAAUACUUCAUUUGGAAGACGUGGAGGUCUCCGAAGACAUGUUCAGAUGGUUCAUAUGCAGAUGAUGCACAAAUGCCCUAUUGAAAAUUGUUCACACCCUGGAUACAAGUGCACAAAGGCUCUCAAUGCUCAUGUCCGAACGCACACUCGACCAUUCACCUGUGAUCGUUGUGAUGCAGCAUUUGCCAGAAAAAAUGAUCUUCAAGUUCAUCAAUUCACCCAUUUCCUAUAA